AUGAAGUCCUUCGUUGCUGCUUCUGUCCUUGCUCUCGUCAGCGCUUCUGCUGCCACUCCAUCGUCUCCCCGAUACGCCAAGCGCACCAGCCCCAACGGCUGCGGCGGUGACCCUGGUGCCGUUGGCGUCGCCGACACUAUCAACCGAUGGAACAGCGACGUUGUCACCGUCAACUCCUUCCUCGAAGUCGCUCCCACUCUGGACCUGGGCAACCUACUCGUCCAGCUCGAAAUAACGCUUAACGCCGCCUAG